AUGAAGAUUCUUUGGGGAAUUCAUGCUAAUGCGCUGGCAUAUUCCAUGACUACCUUAGGUGCUGGAAUGAUGAACAGCAUUUUUAAUUUCUACUAUGUUAAGCUUUUCCUAAACCGAUACAAAAUUUCAGAAAGCGCAUUUCAUAUAGCACAGGUUGUGUUUAUGAUCUGGAAUGCCAUCAAUGAUCCCCUUUUCGGGUACAUUCAAGACAACUCCAGGCUGAAGUGCUGCGCAAGGCGCCAGUUCUCGAUUUUAUACGGAGCCCCUUUGUACGGCUUGGCCUUCCUGCUGCCGUGGUUCCCCUGGAGGCACUAUGAGGAGGGGGACUGGCUGAGUGGCGUCCACCUCAUCGUCGCGCUGUGCGCCUUCGACGGCCUGCUGACCUUUGUGCUCCUGGCGCAGUGCGCGCUCUUCGCCGAGAGCUCCACCAGGCACGAAAGCAGGCUCCAGCUCAUCAAGUACAACCAAGUGGCAACGUUAAUCGGGUCCACAAGCAUUCUCUUUUGUGGGCUCAUAUCGGAUAAUAUGGAAAACUUUCCUUAUUUUCAGGCUUUCACUGUUUUGAUAGCAGUGCUAGCGACAGCUUGUAUGUGUUGCACAGGUAAAUACAGCACAAGUCAAUACGAACAGAGAGAAAUUCAUACAGAGGAUGGUAAUCCGGGAAACAGUCAUGGAAGUUUCUCCUUGGCCUCGGUAGUUUCAUUGACCAAACAGAUCAUGACAGAGAAGAACUUUCUAUGUUUUGUAACAAUGAACUUCUUCCAAGUCUUCCACCUAGCCUUUUACAACAAUUUUAUGAUGAUCUUUGCGGAUAAUCUUAUUCCUAAGGAUGUCCUGUCUUCCUCAGUAAGAAGUAUCAUGUAUGGAGCAGGUUUUAUUUGUCCUCAGUGCCUUGUUCUUCUCAGUCAUACUUCAUUGAAGAAGAUUGGUUAUUACAGAAUCAUCUUGUUUUCCUUUUACUAUGAAGGAGUAGCUGCUGCUGUCAUGUGUCUCCUAGGGCAAGAACACUAUUAUCUGCUGGCAUUCUAUGUUACAACAAACAUGGUAAUUGUGCAAGCUUCAUUUAGCUUGUUCAAUUUGCCUUUGGCAGAUAUUGUUGAUGCAGAUUUAAUAAAGCACAAGAGGAGGUUACCACUUUCCUCUAUGGUUUUUGGUACCAAUGCUUUAUUUACCAAGCCUGCCCAAUCUUUGGCUCCAAUGGUUGUGGUUACAAUACUAAAUCAUUAUGGCUAUUAUAACCUGAAUAAUGUACCUGGUCAUCCUGAUAUAAGCAGGUCAUUUUUAGACCUCCAUGAUGCCAUGUUCUACCUUGUCUGUCUGGUUCCCCUCUGCAUUGCAGUCCUACAGAUCCUGACCUGGACUCCCUUUUCCAUCCAGAACAGCCACCUGGCAGCUCCACAGUAAAUACGGAACCAGUGGUCAGUGUAUCUCCUGCUGAACCACAAGAGUUCAGUAAAUUUUUCAUGUGAGAAAGCAAAAUUGCAAGUUGAAAUACAGUUUGAGUUUUUUCAGUAAAGCUGUAUUUUCAGUCUCUGUGAGUCCCAUUCAGCCUUAAUGCUGAACCUACACAAGCUUUUCCUAGCUCAGUUGC